GCAACUUGUUGUUUGUUCAAAGAAACGACAGAAGACUUGCAAACUUUUUCUAGUCGGUUUUUAGGAUGGAAAAUAACUUGUGGACCUUGAGAGACAAACAUAUAUUGGUAGCCGCUACAGGAAGUGUGGCCGCUAUUCGUUGUCCAAAAGUCAUUAACCUUAUCGUAGAAGAAGGGGCAGAAGUAUGGCUCCUUACAACAGAACACAGUUGGCACUUUUUAGAAAAAGAGCAACGCCUCCCGAGAAAUCAUAUAAGAAUUUUUACUGACGCUGACGAAUGGAGAAACUGGAACAAGCUUGGAGACCCCGUUUUGCAUAUUGAGCUCCGGAAAUGGGCAGAUGCCUUUCUAAUUGCGCCCAUAGAUGCUAACACACUAGCAAAAGCUGCAGUAGGCCUUUGCGACAAUCUAGUUUCCUCAGUUAUUAGAGCCUGGGACAGUAUGAACAAACCACUUUUAGUUGCUCCCGCUAUGAAUACGGUAAUGUGGGAACAGCCUUUAACACAUCAACAGCUGAGUUUACUUGAAAGCAGGAAUGUGAAAGUCAUUCCGACAGUUUCGAAGCAACUGGCUUGUGGAGACAUUGGUUAUGGUGCCAUGGCCACCCCAGAAACUAUUAUUGGAGAGCUCAAGCAAUGUCUUCUUUCACAAUACAAUUAGUGACUUUCUGGAUAAGAUGUCCUUGAGGUUUUAUAGCCCAUUCUGUUCGACUGUCAAUGUCCAUUGAAGGUAGUUCCUUAUUUUAUUUGCUGUCACUGAUUCAGUUAAGGCAUUGACUGAGUAACGGUGGAGAAGGCACUUCUUAGCUGCAGCAAGGAUAUGGCGCUCUGUUGUGGAGAAGGUUCCUACUCAAGAAGCUGAUUUCAUUUCUUCCUGUUGAAAUAGAAUUCUUCUAAACUGCUGAUAUCUUCUAGCAUCUUUCAGAAACAGGAAUCGCUGAGAAAUUCUAAAAGUUUAUUUGGUUGAAAUUUCAAAGGCCAUGAUAUGAUUUUAAGAAAAGAAUGUUCGUGAUUCUUCACUGAAUGUAAAGUCGAUAGGGGUAAACUUGGUCCAUAUUUGAAGCAAUUAGUAAGGCUGUGCUUGUUAUACGCAACCUGUAGUUUGUAUUCCAUUGCUUGGAAGAUUUCCCUAAAAUUUCAAAUUGGUCAGUUUAGAAGGAAAAGUUUUCAUGGAAAGUUUCCUAGGAAGAAAUUUUUUUUGGGGAAGAAUAAAGAACAAAUAUUCUAUUUCACUGAAAGAAGCACUGAUUUCUGGUUGAAUGAAUUGGGUUGAAUGCUU